AUGGAAAGAAGAAAAGAAAGAGGAGAGAAUGAGAAUGAGAGUGAUGAUUCAGUUAGGGAAAAGAUAAAAGAAGAAGAGAUGAGAAGAAUAAUUGAAGGGUACCCAGUGGAGGGAUUGUCAAUAGGAGGUCAUGAAACUUGCAUUAUUUUCCCGUCUCUCAAUAUGGCUUUCGAUAUUGGUCGAUGCCCACAACGCGCUAUCUCACAGGACUUCCUUUUCAUCUCUCAUGCUCACAUGGAUCAUAUUGGAGGACUGCCAAUGUACGUUGCCACCCGUGGCUUAUACCGAAUGAAGCCUCCAACAAUUGUUGUGCCCUCUUCCAUCAAAGAAACUGUCGAACAACUCUUUGAGGUGCAUAGGAGACUUGAUGGGUCAGAGCUCAAUCAUUACCUUAUCGCCCUUGAUGUCGGACAAGAGUUUUAUGUGAGAAAGGACCUAAAAGUAAGAGCUUUCAAGACGUACCAUGCAAUUCAAAGCCAGGGAUAUGUAGUUUACUCUGUAAAACAGAAACUUAAGCAAGAGUACCUUGGCCUUCCUGGGACUGAGAUUAAAAACUUAAAGUCAUCAGGCGUCGAGAUUACGAACACUGUAACUGCACCUGAGAUCGCAUUUACAGGUGACACCAUGUCAGACUUCAUUAUCGAUGAAACCAAUAUGGAUGUUUUGAGGGCAAAGAUUCUUGUUAUGGAGAGCACCUUUCUUGAUGGCACAGUAACAGUUGAGCAUGCAAGAGAUUAUGGGCACACUCAUCUAUUUGAGAUAGUUAACUAUGCAGACAAAUUUCAUAACAAAGCAAUACUUCUAAUUCAUUUCUCAGCCCGUUACACCGUGAAGGAAAUCGAACAAGCUGUACAAAGACUACCACAGCCUUUAGCUGGCCGUGUUUUUGCACUUACAGAAGGUUUUUGA